AUGGCUCCUGUCGCCGCCUUCCUUCUGUCCGUGCUCUCUGCGCCGGGCGCACGCGAGACGCUCUUUGCCUCUGCCCCUGCGCCGUCGCCAUCUCCGUGUCCGGACGCGGUCUUCGACCAGCUGACGGUGGCGGAGCAGCUCACGAUCGAGGGGAUGAUGGCACCUAUGGGCGUCUCGUUCGAGGCCUGGGGCAAGUGCACGAACGAGAACUGCUCGACGAUUGCCAAGAUCGCGCUCAAGAAGCCGCCCAAGUCGGAGGUGCUCGCCUACUUCGCCGGCGGGCCAAAGCCGAAGCGCAUCGCGACCUUCUGGUGGCUGCAGGCCCGCCUCCGCAUCGCGCAGAUCCUGGAGGUGGAGAUGCCCAUCGGCCCGAACUCGAUGCCGACCGUCGUGAGAACAGUGCCGUGGGAGAACCGCCCGUUCGUCUACUGGGACCAGUACCACCGGGCCCAGCGCAACGCGUUGGUCGAGCCGCUCCUCCCGCUGAUGGACCCGAUCGUCAACUCCCUCAUCCCGUCCCCCUCGAUGCUGGCGUCCCUCGACGCCGCCAACGAGACGUGGUCCCCCAAGGCCUCUGUCAGCGGCGGCGCCACGUCCGUGCCCGGCUCGACCACCAAGAUCCGCCAGUACCUCGGCCGCAUCGACAUCAGGGCGGGCCACGGCGCAAACUACUUCAAGGAGGGCCCCGUCACAUUCGUCAUGGAGUUUGACUGGGACACGGAGGAGCUCGUUAUCAAGGACAUCUCGUGGUGCCCGGGCGCCGGCAACCCGAUCUUCAACUCCGUCGCGGAAGUCCUCGCCGCCAACGAGACCGGGACCCUCAAGAUGUGCACGGUCGACACGGUUUGGUACGGCGACACCAAGGCGUGGAUGGAGCCCGAGCCGCCAUUCGUCGAGGCGGCAAUCCCUCCCCAGAUCUACUACCCGGAGGGCCCCCGCUUCUCCGUCUCGGGCCGCACCGUUUCGUGGAUGGGCUGGGACUUCCACACCGACAUCCACGCCAUCGAGGGCAUCCACAUCUCGAACCUGCGCUUCAAGGGAGAGCGGAUCGCCUACGAGAUGUACGCUGCCGACUUUACCGCGGUCUACUCGGGGGCGUCCACGCGCAAGGACAUCUUCUACUCGGACGGCGGCUAUGAGAUGGGGAACUGUGCGAUCACGCUUCGCGAGGGGCUGCAGUGCCCCUACGGCUCGGUCUUCAUGAAAAGCCUCGGCUACGCCAACUCCUACGUCUGGGGCGGCGCCCUGAGCAUGGACGACGAGCUGCCGACCAUGUGCAUCUUCGAGGCGCCCGCCAACAACGUCGCGUACCAGCACUACAAAGAGAAGUUCGAGGGCGUCGCACUGACGUCUCUCUACGUGCGCUCCAUCCUCACCGUGGGCAACUACGACUACCUUACUGGCUACGCCGUCGGCUCCUACGUCAUCCCGGGCAACCUCAACAAUGACAAGAUGGCAGAGUUCUGGGGUGCCAAGGUGUCCGAGUCGUCGCUCGGGGCAAUGCACACGCACUCCGUGAGCUACAAGAUCGACCUCGACAUUGCGGGGCUUGAGAACUCCUUCAUGACCAAGAAGCCCGGGUACAAGUCGAGCCAGUAUGUGGCCGCGGCCGACAACUCGUUCUACAUGAAGGCCACGAAAAUCACUUCGGAGGGCUUCUGGGACAACGACGGCGACAGCGAGUGGACCCCACCUGAAGCCUGCCUCUCCUCGGACGCCUCGACCAAGUUCAUCGUGUACAGCCCGACGCAGAAGAACUACAAGGGCAACAAGCGCGGCUACAAGAUGUCGGUGCCCGGCAGCCCGCCGGUGCUUUACCCCGAGGGCGACCCGUACCUGCACAUCCAGAACUUCACCAAGUGCGACAUCGGCAUCACCAAGUACUCGCCGGAUGACCUCACGCCCGCGGGCCAGGCGAGCUCUGGACUCCGCCAAAUGGUGGUUUUUGGCAACCUGUACCCGGAGCCUGCCGCUCCCGGCACCGACAUCUCGCACUUCUACAACGGCGAGAGCCUCGAGGAGGUCGACAUCGUGCUGUAUGCACACUCGACAAAGAUGCACUGGGUCGUGGCCGAGGACGUUCCCGUGCCGUCCACGAUGGGCAAGGAGCUUGCGUUUGAGCCCUACAACUACUUCGACUACAACCAGCUCAAGAACCUGCCGACGAACCAGUACGUGUACCCGUGCGCCGAGUGCAAACGCGGCGGCCGCACCACGGAGGAGGGCGAGGGCGGCGUCAUCCCCACGUGCACGCCUUGA